AUGUCCAAAAAGGAGACAGAGGAGUCCUUUUUGCUUUAUUCGAAUAAAGGGAGAGGCCAUGGGGCAUUCCUCUGGGAUCUCUCAAAUUUUUGGAGGACGCAGCCUCCCUUUUUAUCCUAAUUUCCUGGCCACUUUUCCCUCUCUCUUUCCCCAUUGGCUGAGGUACUCGAGAGGCACAGACUUCCCGGAACGCCUGACACCUGACAUUCCCCUCUAAUGUAUAACCCUCCCUUUUAAUUUUUAAUUCUUAUAGAAUUCAUAGUUUCCCCCCCUGUUGCUUCUUUCAUCUUCUGUUACCCAAUUUCAUUUACCAGCAAACCUACAGUUUGUUUGUAAAGGCAAAUCCUUUUUCCAUUCACCAAUCAGUGUAAUCCCUCCCAUUGUUUCUUUUAUCUCUAGGUGCUAACUUUAUCUACCAACAGAUUUACAAUUUAUUUGUAAAGACAAAUGUAACAUUCCUCUCAAGAGUGUGUCAGGAAUAGGGUGCCAAGCUGAUGAAGAGUAUCGAGGCCAAUAUUUAAGAUGCUGAGGUCUCUUGUCUUGUUCAGCUUGGGGAAGGUGCGGAGGGAGCCUCAGCCUGUGGACACCUUCUUCCUGGGGGAAGCGGUCGAGGACUUGCUGAUCUCUCCCUGGUGACCAGCAGCAGGACACGAAGAGACGGAAUGAAGCUCUGCCAAGGGAAAUUCAGGCUGGGCAUCAGGAGAAGGCUCACCCUCUGGGAGGGUGGUCCUCUCAGGAAGAGAGCUUCUUCUCCCUUGGAAGAGGCUUUAGGAGGAAUUUGUCACGGCACCAAUCCUGGCGGAGCUCAAGGAGCGUCUUCACAAUACUCGCAGAAACGUGUUUUAGUUUUACCUGGCGCUGCGAGCAGGACGAAUUCAGACUCCACCACGCUGUUACGCCUUCCGCCGGGAAGGAAGCGCGGCUGCGCCAGCCCGGCCACUUCCUGCCGGCGCCUGUUGUGGAUCCGGGGCAGGCGGAGCAUGGAGCCGGCGGCCGAGGGCGAUGCAGAGAUGGUGGGGACACCCGACCCGGAGCUGGCGGCCACCAUGGGCUUCUCCGGCUUCGGGAAGAAGGCUCGGACUUUCGACCUCGAAGCUAUGUUUGAGCAAACGAGAAGAACUGCAGUGGAGAGGAGCAGGAAAGUAUUGGAGUCUCGUGAAAGAGAAAAAGAAGACCAGGCUGAAAAGGAGUUUAGAAUCCCAUGCACUGAUUCGUCCGUUUCAGCAUCCAGCACAACAGGACCUAGGUCCACAUUAACCGAAAGAGAGGCAGUGUGUAGUGAAAGUGAGGACAGCUCAAAUGAAGCAUUAAGUGGUCCUUCUGUGCAAGCACAGAGUUCUGCUAAAGGUCAAGCUGAGGAUACUGAUGAUGAUGAUGAUGAAGAAUUCAUCGGGCCACCACUUCCUCCUGGGUUCAAGGAUAGUGAUGACGACAAUGACGAUGAUACAGAGGAGGAAGAUAAUAACCCUGUCAAGAAAAUCCCAGAUUCUCACGAAAUUACACUCCAGCAUGGAACAAAGACAGUUUCCGCUUUGGGGUUGGAUCCUUCAGGUGCUCGUUUGAUAACUGGCGGAUAUGAUUAUGAUGUAAAAUUUUGGGAUUUUGCUGGAAUGGAUGCCUCUCUCCAGGCUUUUCGGUCGCUCCAGCCUUGUGAAUGUCACCAAAUCAAGUCUUUACAGUAUAGCAGCACAGGAGAUGUCAUUCUCGUUGUCUCUGGCAACUCUCAGGCAAAAGUUCUUGACAGAGAUGGCUUCCCAGUAAUGGAAUGCAUAAAGGGAGACCAGUACAUUGUGGAUAUGACAAACACAAAGGGUCACACAGCAAUGCUCAAUUCAGGCUGUUGGCAUCCAAAGAUAAAGGAAGAAUUUUUGACAUGUUCUAAUGACGGAACUGUGAGGACUUGGGAUGUUAACAAUGAAAAAAAGCACAAAAGCGUCUUUAAGCCACGAUCAGUUCAAGGAAAACGGGUGAUUCCUACAACUUGCACAUACAGCAGAGAUGGGAAACUUAUUGCAGCUGGCUGUCAAGAUGGCUCUAUCCAGAUCUGGGAUAGGAAUAUGACUGUACAUACAAAGUUCCACUGCAGGCAAGCCCAUGCUUCAGGCACUGACACUUCAUGUUUGACAUUUUCCUAUGAUGGUACUGUCCUUGCCAGCAGAGGAGGAGAUGAUACUUUAAAGAUAUGGGAUAUUAGACAAUUUAAAAAACCUCUUAAUUCAGCAGAUGGACUGCCCAGCUUUUUUCCUAUGACAGACUGUUGUUUCAGCCCAGAUGAUAAAAUCCUUGUCACAGGCACCUCUGUUAAGAAAGGUGGUGGCAGUGGGAAGCUGAUUUUCUUUUAUCGUGAGACCUUCCAGAAGCUGUAUGAGAUAGAAGUUACAGAUGCGAGUGUUGUGCGUUGUCUUUGGCAUCCCAAGCUGAACCAGAUCAUGGUUGGUACUGGAAAUGGUUUAGCCAAAGUGUACUAUGAUCCUGUCAAAAGCCAGAGGGGAGCAAAAUUAUGCGUGGUCAAAACAAAACGAAAAGAGAGACAAGCAGAGACUCUAACACAGGAUUACAUUAUAACACCCCAUGCACUUCCAAUGUUCCGUGAACCACGACAACGAAGCACAAGGAAACAGCUGGAGAAGGAUAGGUUGGACCCCCUAAAGUCUCACAAACCUGAACCUCCAGUAGCAGGAGCAGGUCGUGGUGGCCGUGUUGGGACUCAUGGGGUCACCCUGUCAUCAUAUAUAGUCAAGAACAUUGCCCUGGACAAGACAGAUGACAGCAACCCUCGAGAAGCCAUUUUACGUCACGCCAAGGAAGCGGAGGAGAAUCCAUACUGGGUGGCCCCAGCAUAUGCUAAAACGCAGCCAAAAACAGUUUUUGCAGAAGUGGAACCAGAAGAUGAUGAAACAGACAAGCCAGAGUGGAAAAAACGUAAAAUUUGAAAAAUAAUUGGUUUCAAGAAUCAUUUUAGAGCAUUUGAAACAAAAUGAAGCAUUUCUUUUUUUAUUUGGGAUAGUGGGUCAAAAUUUGAAGGUAAAUAUUACUUCAAUUUAUAAAACUUGCUGUAGUAUAAAAAGGGAUUGUUGAAUUACUCUGUCUUAAUCCCACAUCUGAAUUUUGUAAUAAGGAAUUACUUACAUUGUGCAAAUAACUCCUGUAUGUCAGUUACUUAGCUUUGUUAGUUAAGUGAAAAAAUAUUUCUUUAUAAAUAUUGUGAAUUCAUUAUAUUGCCAGCCAAAUGGUUUUUUUUUCAUUACUGCCAACUUCACAAAUGCCAUGUCAUGACAGUGUUCAAUGAAUUUAAGUAUCCAAAUAAAAUAGUACAAUUUCUCAGACUCCUUUUUAUUUUUUCCAGUUAAGAACUAACAGAUUACUGCUAUACAAGUUGCAGCAAAGUUUAGAUUAUUUAUUGUGUAAUAUUCAAAUUUAAUUCAUUUGUGUGUUCACAUCAGUUACAUUUCAGUGUACACUCUGAAUUUUAGAAAACAUUUUCUCUGGUGUCUGUACUUCUUUGCAUGAUGUUACUUUUCAGUGUGGGUAGUACUACAGUAGCACUUAUACAGCUUUUAUUUUUAAAGAAAUGCAAAAUUGCAAUGGACAGUUGCAUAAUUUAGUGUAGAAAAAAUAAUGUGCUUAUUGCCAAGCUGGUGGAAAUUUUUGUUCAAGUUUCUUAUACCUACUAGUUUGUAUGGGUAAGUUUUAGAAUAGAGCAGAUCUGUGUAUUUAAUACCAGGUCUUUGUGUGUGUUGACUUUGUUGAAUGCCUAUAUAAUGUAUAUCCUGCCUCCUACUCCCUGAAGACUGAUACUAUUCUUUAUAAAGUAGUUUGUCUAAAUAUGGAAAA